AGUCCCGCGAGAGCGUGGUCCCUGCGGCCGCGGAAAUCCAGCUUCCCCAGCCGUUACUGGUUGAUGCAGUUGGGGCAUGGUCCUUUUCCCUCCAUGGCUCUGAAGAAACUUACCUGCUUGUGGACCUUAAGUCUGUGUCUGGUGUCCAGCAAACCUCCCCCAGUCCCGUCUUUCACAGACCCAGACUUCAUAGACCAGUGCGUCAAGUCCCACAACGAAUGGCGGGGCAAAGUCAACCCCCCGGCGGCCGACAUGAAGUACAUGAGUUGGGAUGAAAAUUUGGCGAAGUUGGCUAAAGCAUGGACAGACAAGUGCAAAACUAAACACAGAAGUUGUUUAUCAAAACCAUAUGAAUGUAAACAAGUCUUUGAAUUUGUUGGAGAAAACAUUUGGUAUGGAGUAUUAGAAUUCUUUUCACCAAAAGAUGCUAUUACUUCCUGGUAUAAUGAAACUGCAUUUUAUGACUUUGAUACUUUAUCAUGUUCUAAAGUUUGUGGCCAUUAUACACAGGUGGUUUGGGCUAAAUCACAUAAAGUUGGUUGUGCAGUAUCAAUCUGCCCUAACCUCGGAGACGCUUCAACUGUACUAUUUGUCUGUAACUAUGGACCUGCAGGAAAUUUUGCAAAUAUGGCUCCAUACACCAAAGGAGCAGCCUGCUCCAUGUGUUCAGAAGGAGAGAAAUGCGUCAACAAGCUCUGCCGUAAGCAUUAAAAAUAAUAAUAAUUAUAAUGUAACACGGAUCUAGGCAGGCAGAUGGGUCUUUGCCUCACAAAUUCAAAGAAUGAGAUCCAGGGACAAGUGGUAGGUAGAGUAAGAAGAUUUAUUUAAAGUAGAAAAAGAGAAAAGCUUCCAAAGCAUAGGAGAGGCUCCUAGUAAGGGUA